ACAUGAUGGAACACCCGGCGUGUUUUGGGGAGGGGCUGAAGCAGUUUGUCGUACUCGGCGCUCUGCCCACGGUGCGUUACAUCCCCGAUUUCAUAUCCGAGGAAGAGGAGGCCUCUCUUCUCCAGCAGGUCUACAGGUCCCCGAAGCCGAAGUGGACUCAGCUGUCGGGCCGACGGCUGCAGAACUGGGGGGGGCUACCGCAUCCCAGAGGAAUGCUGCCGGAGAGGAUCCCCGACUGGCUGCAGACGUACUGUGAGAAGAUCUCCUCUCUCGGCGCGUUCGGCGGGAAAACGGCCAAUCACGUGCUGGUGAACGAGUACAAGGAGGGAGAAGGGAUCAUGCCUCAUGAGGACGGGCCUCUGUACCACCCCACCGUCACCACCAUCAGCCUGGGCUCCCACACCCUGCUGGACUUCUACCGGCCCGUCGGCAGCCUGGAGGGCGAGGCGCCGCAGACGGAGGAGAACCGCUUCCUGUUCUCUCUGCUGGUGAAGCCGCGCAGCCUCCUGAUCCUGCAGGACGACAUGUACCAGCGCCUGCUGCACGGCAUCCGGGCGUGCAGCCAGGACACGCUGACGGACACGGUGGUGAACCUGUCGGCCGCCGGCGCCCUGCCGGGGGAGACGCUGACACGAGGCACCAGGGUGUCACUGACUGUGAGACAUGUCCCCAAAGUCAUUAAGACAAAGUUCCUACUGGGAAGGAAAUGAUGAAAGACCGAGUGAGGACCUGAGAGGUUGUUAGAGUGGAAACACGACAUCAUGGAUGUAUAAUCCUGGCAUGUUUAUAACUGAGCCCCUCUAGCUUUGUGAAAUAUCUCUGCCAAAUGUUGGUGGCAGGUUUUGUUGAUCAAUCCGCUACUUACAAUAAUACAUGUAUAUAGAUAUAUAAUAUUAUUAUACUGGUUGUAAUUGGUGUAUGUACUUGGAAAAGAGCACAACCAGUCUUAUCUUAUAUUAUGAUCUGAUGUUGGCUUUGCUCAGAUGCUGUGUUUGCAGUGCAGAAAUGACCAAGAUAUGAUUGAGGUCCAUUUAGAAACAGUGUCAUAUGUAGUUUGUCCACCAGAUGGCGCUGAAAAGUUUAUUUUUACACAGUGAAACGUGUCUGGUUAGUUCAUAUCAUCACAGCUCUUUGGUGGAGGGAACAUUGUUGUGUAAUGUCUUCACUCAGUCAGGACAGCCAGAUUUGUCCAGUUUGAGAAAGUAAGAAACAAGAUUUGCACUUUGGGAAAUGUACGGUCCAGCUUUUUUAAACUUGACCCAUAUUACUGGGCUAGUCAUGUUGAUGAUUCUUGCUUUAAAUCUGUUUCAUAAAUUGUCUGCUCUCUCCACCAACUCAACUACUUUGUUCAGUUUAAUCAAUUUUAUCAAGAAAUCAAUGUUUCUUUUACAAAUCUAUGUUUGCCUUGAACUUGAAAUAUCAGUUGGGUUUCACUAUAAAGAUCUACUUUGUACAGUAAAUGU